GUACCCGGAAGUGGAAAGUGCAUACAUCGUGUGGUAGAUUAACAACGAUUUCAAUAUCAUAAAAUCAAGCUUGUCACUUAAAAAGCGAAUUAUUAAACUCAUCCUUUAUUAACGCUUGAUUAAGCGCGGAAUGGCUGAUUUUCAUGCUCUUGUUAACUGAGGAAGAUGACCGUCAGAUGAUUUGACAGAAGUGAAGCCGGCGGAAGUAAGUGAGGGUCAGUCAGUUUCAGACACCUGCAUGUUACUGUUAGCAGAAACUCACGGGAAUCAAAGAUGUCGCGCUCUCGUUUAUAAAGCAAGACUGGUGUCAGAUCGGAUCCUCAAUGGCAGAUAAGGGAGACAGGAAGUUCUCUCCGCGAUACAGGAGACAGAAGGAAGCAGAUGAAGCGGAGAGCUGGAGGAGCCCGCUGGGACGUGACCAUGUGAGCCAUGAACGCAGUUACAGUCCUAAAACGAAGCGGGGUGAUGGGAAUAGAAGAGCCAAAGCCUCACUGUCGUACAGCUCUUCUGAGGGAAGGGUUUUUGGACAGAGUCCUUCACACCCGGACCGAUUUCAGAGGGGUUCGCCUGCUGAGCGGAGGAACUGGAGAGAACGAGGAGAUGGACCGAAACAAGACAGACUUGACAGCAUGCAGAGUUGGAGGGAGAAGAGCAAAAUGGUGUCGAUUGAAAGCUGCCUCACGAGACGGGAUGUUUUACAGCUGUGCUUGGAAGCCGAAGGCAGUGAUUGCGAACUUAAAGAGUCAAGCAUCAGCCUCCGGUUCAGAUGUGAUAAAUGUAGGGUGUACUGUGAAGACAUGUCUCCAGCUCUCUGUCACAUCAGAGAAAGAUCCCACAGGAAGAAAGCCAAGGAACUGCAGAAGCUGACGCUGCUGUUGAACAUACCGCCUCCUGGAAAAGCACAGUGUCAUUCAGUCAGCUCUGCACUGGAAAGUGUGGUCACUGAGUUUGGUUUGAAUGAUCAGGAUUUGAAACAACGCCAAAAUAUUCUUGCUCUCGUUCAGGAAGUCCUUCACCCUGUCCUUCCAGAAUGCCAAUUCAGGUUAUAUGGAUCUUCCUGCACCAAGUUCGGCUUCAAGGAUUCUGAUGUUAACAUUGAUGUGAAGUUUCCAUCCUAUUUCCAGCAUCCUGAUGUUCUUCUCGUGGCACAAGAGCAUCUCUCUAAAAGCGAUCUUUUUGUCAAUGUGGAGGGAGACUUCCAUAAGAGGAUGCCUGUAGUUGUGUGCCAGGAGAAAUCAAGUGGUCUGAUCUGCAAAAUCAGUGCAGGCAAUGAAAGUGCAUGCUUAACAACGGCAUAUUUGGCCGAGAUGGCGAGUCUGGAACCGCAGCUCAUCCCGCUGAUCAUAUGCUUUAGACACUGGGCUAAGACUUGUUGUGUAGACCAGAUGGAAGAAGGUGGACUUCCUUCCUACAGCUUUACCCUCAUGGUCAUCAGCUUCCUGCAGCGACGCAAGGAGCCUGUCUUACCUUCGUACCUAGAACACGUGGGUUUGCCCGUGAGUAAACUCAAGAGUUUCUCCUUAACCGGGGUUGAAAAAGGACACGUGCUUUGGGUAUAUGAUCAAACCUCAAACGAUUCAUCUCAAGAUAAAGACAAAGGCAUCAAGAAGGGAAAGGCUCCACUGGUUUUCAAAGGCCGAAGUCCUCCUGUGCAGCUGGGGAAGCUUUGGGUCGAGUUACUGCGAUAUUAUUCACUGGAAUUUCAAAUACCCGAGAAAGUCAUUAGCGUGCGCACGAACGGUGACGUGUGGCGUGAUCUUAAAGACUGGCCCAAAAAGAGGAUUGCAAUAGAAGAUCCAUUCGCCGUCCAGAGGAAUGUGGCUCGAACGUUGAAUAGUCAGACGAUGUUUGACUAUUUUUGGCAUUGUCUCAAAACAACUUACAAGUACUUUUCUUCUCCUUCAAAAAGCAAAGCUGGGAAAGUCCGUUCAAACAGUCAAAGUGACAAAUCUGUGAGUGGUGUGAAUCAUGUUGUAUCAGUGAAGAGAAGCACCAAAGUGCCAGCUGAGGAUUUGAACAGGUCCCAUGCAAGAUCCAGUCCGCACAGUACAGAAGAACUGGAAGACUCCGACUAUAUGAUUGAGCAGGAGGAUGAGGAAGAAGCCGACUCUGACAUGGACACUGAGGGUGAAGAUGAGGAAGAAGAUGAUGGCGAUGAUGACAUCGAGCUCGAUGAAUCUGGUCAUUCUGGCGAUGAGAUCUUCCCUUUUGACCGGGAGAUGAGUGACGAUGUGACGUCCGACGUAGGCGAUCCAGAGGAAGCAGCAUCUGUCCCAAACAAACCCAAAGCAGAGCUUACCAAAUCUGAAUCCCCUGUAGGAACACAGUCGGACCUUGAAGGCGUUCAUUAUGUCUUCACCAAGCGGGUUUUCAGUGAUGGCAAGUCCCCCAUUGUGAUAUGCAGCCUUUGUAAGAGUGAUGGACAUUCGAAACAGGAGUGUCCCGAGGACUUCAAGCGAGUGGAGUUAAAACGCCUUCCACCCAUGUCCCUAGACUUCCUGAAGAUCCUCAAUGAAGUCUGUGAGCAAUGCUACCGUGACUUUGCACCAGAUGAUGUGGAGGUGAAAGUCAGAGAAUACAUUUUACAAGAUUUUGAGACUUUCCUGAGAUGUCAAGUGCCAGGAGCCAAGUUGGCUUUGUUUGGUUCAUCCAAGAAUGGGUUUGGCUUUAAACAGAGUGACUUGGACAUCUGUAUGACUCUAGAAGGCCAGGACACAGCAGAGGGCUUGGACUUCAUGGCUGUUAUUGAGAGUCUAGUGAAAGCUCUACGGAAACACCAUGGCCUGAGAAACAUCCUACCUAUUACUACUGCAAAAGUCCCAAUUGUGAAGUUUUACCACACCAAAACUGGACUAGAGGGAGAUAUAAGCUUGUACAAUACACUGGCUUUGCACAACACACAGUUACUGGCAUCAUAUGCUGCAAUUGACGCUCGAGUGAAGAUCCUCUGCUACGUCAUGAAGGUGUUCUCCAAAGUGUGUGACAUUGGAGAUGCGUCUCGUGGUAGUCUUUCUUCGUAUGCUUACACUCUAAUGGUCCUUUUCUUCCUUCAACAAAGAAACCCGCCUGUCAUCCCAGUUCUCCAAGAGAUGUAUGAAGGGGAUAAGAAGCCAGUAGUUCUUGUAGAUGGCUGGGAUGUACAUUUCUUUAAGGAUUUGAAGAACUUGCAUAAAUACUGGCCGGAGUACAAGAAGAACAGGGAGUCUGUGGGGCAGCUGUGGCUUGGGCUGCUGCAGUUUUACACAGAGACAUUUGACUUCAAGGAGUCUGUCAUCUGCAUCCGCAGAAAAGAGCCUCUCACCACCUUCAAGAAGCAGUGGACCUCCAAACAUCUCGCCAUCGAGGAUCCCUUUGAUUUGAGUCAUAAUCUUGGAGCUGGACUCUCACGGAGAAUGGCAAGCUUCAUCAUGAAGGCCUUCAUCAACGCCCGCAGAGUUUUCGGCACCCCUGUCCGAGUCUUUCCCCCAGAGUAUCCAAAUAAAAUGGAGUACUUUUUUGACCCAGACGUGCUGACGGAGGGCAAGCUUGCACCCAAUGACCGCUGCUGCCGCAUUUGUGGGAAGAUUGGCCAUUUUAUGAAAGACUGUCCGAUGAGAAAGCGACAAAGACGUGACAACACUGAUGGAUUCUUCAGUGGACGUGAUGGAAACAGAGCCACCAAAGCCAUGAUGGACGGCAGCCCUUACAAGGAUGGCCGUUGGCGGCAGAGGGAGGAGAAAUGCUGUUUUCUGUGCGGCUCCAACACUCACAUUAAGAAGGACUGCCCGUUGUCCAAGUCUUUAGAAUCCUCACCAACCACAUACCAAAGAAGUCCUGCAUCAGAAAGGGACAAAGACAGUCCUCAACAGGACAGGAGAAAGAAGCGCAAAGCAAAGAGGAUGAUUUUGGGUCCUGAAGCAGGUAGUCUUGCCAACAGACAUGCGUCCUUAUCUGCAUCUAUGGAGAAUUGGAGCCCUUUCAAGUGAAAGCUCUGAAGUACAGGCUGAAGUGGGACGCUUUUAUGAUCUACAGCCUGAGUCCAGUAUUAUCCUGAACCCCAGUUAGAACACCUCGAUGAAUGUGCCUUUUAUAGGUGUCUAAUUUUUAGUUCUGUUUUUUCUAAUUGUGGAAGAACUUGAUGUUUCUCAUUUUAUCUGUUUUUAUUUUUUUAAAUUAAGAGUCCAGUUGAUUACCUUUGUAAUUGUAGCCCCAUUGUGUGUUUUGAAUUUGCUUGAAUAGUUUUAGUAGCAAAAAUCUUGUGUGUGAUCCAAGAAGCAUUUUAUUUUGUAUAAAAAAUGUACAUAAAGAAAUGUUGACUGGGGACUAUGUAUUUACAAUUAUGCUAAUAUUAAUGUAGGUUAAUUGUUGUGCUUUUCAGUUUGGCUGGGCUUGGUUUUAGUUGUUAUUCUUUAUUGUAUUUUGUUUUAUGGCAGUAUUGUAUAGUUUAUAGCAGUGUUUAGUUUUUGCUAAAUUAAUUGCAUAUGUUUCGAAGAAGGCUACAUUGCCUACCUUGCAUUUGCUGCAAUGCCAAUAAACAAAAUGAAUUCCCUCCAUAUUAGUAAUUCAACUCUGGUACUUUUUUUUUUUUUUUUUUUUUGAUGACAAUAAAUGGAUUUUGUCAUAA